GUUACAUUUGGUUUAGUGCCACAAAAUGUUUUGAGUCUACUCGCCAGCGCCUCCUCCUCUAAUUCUACGAUAUGUGUGCAACACUGAGCCUUCCCACCUUCGCCGGAGAUCUUCGCAAAAUAGAAUAACGUCCACAAAUGUGUGGUUGUCUCGUGUUUGUGGCCUGUUUUCGUCUACUACCUGCCCGCGUGCUUUCCACCACAAACCCUUCCGCAUUUUCCUGCAGCUCUGGGGCUGUGACGUGUCGCGCUGACGGCGGCCUCGGAGCUCGGAGGAGCGGGCGGCUACUAGCAUGACAAGAUCAGGCUCCAGACGCUCAGCCUUGCUUUGAGUCGAGCUCCACACACGUCCCCCGACCCCUCCUUCUCUGCUGCUCCACGGCCCGCCCAAAUAACACCAAAUUCCCGAUUGAAUCUAACCCGACACUGGGGUAAGGAGGGUGGGGGGGAUCAAGCGGCCCUGGGAAGGCGAGGAGUGGACGGAGGCCAUCCCAACUGCAUCUGGUACGGGGCUCCUUGUUGCUCGUAAGGCUGCUGCUUGCCGUGCGAGCUCCCCUGUAACAAAUGCAGUACGAGGACAAUGGAUGAGGAAGUCACCAGGCUUUCGAUACCUUCUGAAGAGCCUAAAAUAAUAUUACACGGAUCGGAUGAGGGUGGUGCUGGCGGGCAGGAGUUUGUUGUGGAACUUCAAGAGACUGUGUUGGUGUCAGAGGGCGAGGGUGAAGGCAUGGCGGUGCACAGGUUUGCUCCAGACGAGCUAGUCAUCCAGGAUGCUGUUGAGGAUGUGGUAUCUGAGUAUGUGCACUGCGAUGAAGAUGAAGAUGUCGCUGUAGAAACUUGCGUGAUGGCCUUGGAUGGUGAGGAGGAAGGCGUUGCCAUGGGUGACAUCCCCGAAGAUGGCCUUGACCCUGAGCAGCAGGACGAUGACCAAGAUAGCUGUGGCGAUUAUCUAAUGAUAUCCUUGGAUGACGCUGGUAAAAUGGUGUCUGAGGAUGGGACGGAGGUAACUGUGGAGGGAGCAGUGGAGGACCAGGAAGUGGAAAAGGACGAGGACGGACAGGAGGUGAUAAAGGUGUACAUAUUCAAGGCUGACUCUGGGGAGGAUGACAUGGGAGAAUCAGUAGACAUCAGCGAUGGGGAUAUGGAAAACGUGGCAUUGUCAGAGUCGGGCCAAACACUUCGAGAAAAGAUGGUUUAUAUGUCUGUCGGCGAUUCUCAUCACCAAGGAAACCAUGAUGUGGAGGAUAGUGAGAGCUGUGAAAACCGGAAUGGAGCAGCAAGCGCGCUCCUGCACAUUGACGAAUCAGACGGUGUUGAUGAAAUAGGCCGACAGCGCAACAAGACCAAGCGGCGGUCCGAACCACGACAAGUCCAAACAGCUAUCAUCAUUGGUCCCUAUGGUCAACCUCUGACGGUAUAUCCCUGCAUGCUUUGUGGCAAAAAGUUCAAAUCGCGAGGUUUCCUGAAGCGGCACACAAAGAAUCAUCACCAGGAGGUUCUGACCCGAAAAAAGUAUCAAUGCACAGACUGUGACUUUACUACUAACAAGAAAGCCAGCCUCCACAACCAUAUGGAGGUGCACGCCCUGAGCAGCAAGGCUCCCUUUGAGUGUGAAAUGUGUGGGAAAGACUUCCACCAGCAGGCGGCGCUGUUCUCCCACAGACUGCAGCAUCACCAUCGGGAGUCCAAGACACAGCAGACCCCCCCACAGCCCGCCAAGACGCACAAAUGCAAGUUCUGUGAGUAUGAAACUGCUGAGCAAGGACUGCUCAACCGACAUUUGUUGGCCGUUCACAGUAAAAGCUUUCCGCACAUCUGUGUGGAAUGCGGGAAAGGUUUCCGUCACCCAUCUGAGUUGAAGAAACACAUGCGCACGCACACAGGCGAGAAGCCGUACUCCUGCAUGUACUGCGAGUACAAGUCAGCUGACUCGUCUAACCUCAAAACUCACAUCAAGACAAAGCAUAGUAAGGAGAUGCCGUACAAGUGCGAGCGCUGUUUCCAGACAUUUGCAGAGGAGGAGGAGUUAAACCAGCAUGGACUGACACACGAGGAGAACAAGACCCACCAUUGUGCCCACUGUGACCACAAAAGUUCCAAUUCCAGUGACCUGAAACGCCACAUCAUAUCCGUACACACCAAGGACUACCCGCACAAAUGUGCAGUGUGCGGCAAAGGCUUCCACCGGCCAUCCGAACUCAAGAAGCACUCGAUGGCCCAUCGCACCAAGAAACUCCACCAGUGCCGACACUGCAACUUUAAAAACGCUGACCCUUUUGUCCUCAGUCGCCAUAUCUUGUCUGUACACACAAAGGAGCAGCAGCAGCAGCAGCAGGCCUCUCCCGUAAAAAUCGAGGUCAAGAAGACGGAGCCGCCUUCUCCAGUGGCGUCUCCUAAAAAGUCUUCUCCUAGCGCUUCCACCACAUCUGGCCCGCCCACUCGAGUGAGUGCAGCCAGUUUAGCGAGCAGUGUGACUGUGGUUAUUGGCAAAGGACAAAAAGAGCGCCGAAUUUACCAGUGCCAGUACUGCGACUACAGCACAGGCGACGCUUCAGGAUUCAAGCGGCACGUGAUUUCUAUCCACACAAAAGACUACCCGCACCGCUGCGAGAUCUGUUCCAAAGGGUUCCGGAGACCGUCGGAGAAGAACCAGCAUAUCCUGCGCCACCACAAAGACGUGGUCAAGACAGAGGGAUGAGAUGGACCAUCAAACCCUCAGCACGAUGUGCCCACGUGAAACCGUGUGGAGCGGCUGCUGCACUCAGCCUGUCCUGUUGUUUACAGUGAACCCCCGUUUUUCACGGAUACAAUCCAGACCCACCCGUGAGAGGUAAAAAUUUGUGACGUAGAGACCAUAUAAAAUGUUUUAAUUUGAAGGGCUGUUCUUUCAUCAGACUUGAAUGCAUACACAUAUAUAUAUAUUUUUUUUUUUUUUUAAACUCCCAAGCAUUUGUUCUCACUGUCAAAAAAUGGGAGCCUGUCGUUAGUGAUGGGUAAAUGAUACUGACGUUUUGGAGCUUGUGUCCCACUUCUUUAAGCGAGGUGAUUUGAAGCGUUGGGUCGGACCUCGUAUCAAGGCGCCCGUGUCGUGCGACUGAUGACGUUUGACGCUUCAAUCACUGAAGCCUCGACGCUAUGAAUCUUCCAGCAUAAUUGUUAGGAAAGUUUCAGUACUUCACAAGGCUUCACUUGCCUACCACUAACUAUUGUAUAAGAUCACUUUGUGGAAACAAAAAAAAGUCUUGCUCGCACUGUUCUCCAAAUAAGGCAGCACAUUCUUGUUCCAGGGUGUUUUUGUCACUUCCAGUUUGUGUACUGUAAAACUGACACAUAAACACAGAAAUUAUCACCCAAACUGAUGAUUUCUGCUAGUAUAAUGCUCACGUCUACUGCAAGACACCAUACACUGGCCAACAGAAAUUAGUAUAGAUGUUGUGAUAAUUGUAAACUUUAUAACAUACACAAACAGCCUGUACAAAAAUACUCACAGGCAUAUAUUCUCCCUGCUUCUUGGAAGACAUAACUUAUUACAGCUUAAAGGGGACCUUCUCUGCUUCUUAAUUACACUGCAUCAACAUCCAGUCGAGGUCAGUGCAGCCCAUGUAGUACUGUACCACACUGAAGUCACGGGACCCCGAAUUUGGCCUUACCUGUAUACUGUAAACGGCCGAAACGAUAACUUCAAAAUCUGCAAAUUAGUUGGUGGGAAGGGGUGCGUGAAAUGAACAGCAAUAUAGCGGGGGUUCACUGUAUUUUAACAACCUCAUGUCAAUUCACAUGUAUACAGUACACAUGUACAUAAUGACAAUGCUCUUGGGGCGCGGCCAAACUCUCUGUAGACUUGCACUUUUACCUGCAUGUUCCAUGCUCGGGAGUUGGGAAGUUUUGCAUGGCAGAUAGUGCAAAUGUCUGUUUUUGAUACAGUUGUUUUUCAUUUUUGCAGCAGCAAUCACAAAGGUCCUCAUUUCAUGUAUCAAAAACAAAAUGCAGACACGUCUCGGACUCCCGGUGUACUUAACAGACCAGUGUGGUUUAGGAACAUUUGUCUUACCACUUGACACAUGGGUGAAGGUGAAUGGCAACUAUGUGCGUUUUGACCUAAAGCCUUUUUAUUUUUUUUUUGUUUCAUGAUGCUGAAUCCUCCACCUGUGGAACACACUGUGUUGUAUUCACUGACAUAUACACAAGGCUACUUGUGUAUUUAGCACACAGAUGAGGAACAAACAAUUUGAGUUAAGGACACAAAAUUGUAUGUUCAUGGUCAAGUAAACAAAUUCUAAAAAUUCCAGCUCGUCGUCGUGGAUCAGAAAAUGCCUAAAGCAGUAAUCAUAAUCAGUAUUUUACAUGUACCACGGAGAGAAAUCCCUAUAAUUGAAAUUUUUUAAAUGUUCUGACCCAUAAUUAUCUCUUAAAAAAAUCAGUUUUCUGUCAAGUUGUCUCUGGAAAAACCUUUUUAACUGGCACGUUAGACUAGAAUUAGGCAAAUUGUCAAGCCUUCUUUUUUUCCCCCGCCAACACACUUUGCUCUUACCAGAAGGGAAAAAAAUGUAAAUGUUUUUAGAAGAAACUUCAGAAGACAGGUGCUUGUGGUGUACUUUUGACACAUUUCCUUUUUUUCACGCUGUGAUUGUUUUUUUUUUUUUUUUCUAAAUAUAUUUAUUUCAUUUACAAGUUGUAUAGUUAUGUGUAACUAGACUUCUAUGGGGCGUAAAUUAUUCUUUUGUAUACAAAUCUGUAUAAAGCGUGUAGUUGUAAACACUUGAUGAAAGUGAGCUGUCAUCCUGGUUGUAUGUUGUAUUUGUUAAAAAAAAAAAAGGUA